GUCCAACCUCCAUCAAGAACAACACCACGCCCAGGGAUUUAUAUGAGCUAUCGUUUUCAUUUCAGGCAGUUGUACCCUGUUUAUUGACCUAAAUCCUCCCCUUGGACGUCAAAGAUGCAAUUACAGCUCAAGUAAUUCAACCUAGUCCAAUCCUCUUCUCGAAAACACUCUCAAACAUCUCCCACCAAGACACAUUACAGCAUGACUUGAACACCCUCGUACCGCUGAUUAACAGUAUUCCUUAACGACGUUCCAAUCAUGGCCACUAACUACGACGAUGGUGGAGAUGCCGGAGCGUUUAGAAAACGCAGACCUCGGCCCAUCACUGACUAUGGCACCUCUAUGGUACAAUGGAUGAGCCACCGAAAACCCUCAUACAAGGGAUCAUGGCAUUACGAACAGGAAAGACCUAGCCUUAGCUACGUGGUCGACAUUCUACCCCCGCGUGCACGACUCGAUUCACCCGCCGAAUCAGUUCCCACCCGCCACUUGCACACGUCUCUCGGCAAAUCCAAGAAACCUGUGACAGUGGUGCGAUGGAUGCCCGAAGGCCGAAGGCUACUUGCGGGAGUUCACAAUGGUGAAUUUAUGCUUUGGAAUGGAAUGUCGUUCAACUUCGAGACUGUCACUGUAAUGGGAUCGAGCUCAUUACGCGCUGCAGAGUGGUCCAAUCGAAAAGACUGGCUGGUUGCUGCCAACGAUGAAGGAACGGUCUACUACCUCCAACCCACAUUAAACAAUCCUCACCGCUUCAAAGGACACGACGCCCCAAUCCGUGAUCUGGCCUUUGCGCCCAGCGAUACCAAGUUUGUCACGGCGUCCGACGACAACACCCUCAAGAUCUGGGAUUUUGUUUCUUCUACCAACGAGUCCACGUUUAAAGAUCACGGCUGGGAUGUCAAAGCUUGUGACUGGCACCCGACCAAAGGCUUAGUCGUGUCUGGUAGCAAAGACCAUAGCGUCCGUCUAUGGGACCCGCGAACAACCCGCAACCUCACUACUUUACACGGUCACAAAAAUGCCAUCACUGCCACUGUCUUCUCUCGACUACGCGACCAACUGCUCGCCACUUCUGGACGUGAUGGCCAAACACGAAUCUUCGACAUCCGUAUGAUGCGCGAUGUAGCUAUCUUGCGAGGGCAUGACAAAGGCGUUACUACCGUCUCGUGGCACCCAAUUCACUCGUCGCUUCUGUCCACCGGCGGCGAUGAUGGCUCUCUCAACACCUAUCUCCUCACCGAACCCAACACCCCCACAGGAGUUGCCUCAACCACCAUCUCUCCAUAUUCAACCAGUGAUCCUCGCUCGGCGCCCCCUCAAUCCAUCUACCCAGCCCAUCGCAUUCCCCACGCUCAUGAAUCAUCUAUUUGGUCUUUAGACUGGCACCCGUUAGGCCACAUCCUGGCCAGCGGAAGCAACGACCACUACACGCGAUUCUGGUCGCGCGCCGAACCAGGCCUGACUACAUGUUUCAAGGAUCAGUUCCACCUAGGUGAAGAAGGCGCCGAGGCACAGGGCACAUGGGAUCGCAAAUUCGGCAAACGACAGGCCCGCGAACUCGAGGAACAGGAGGAAAUGGACGAGGCCGAGGGCUUGGAGGAUCAAGCUCAACAACUGCAAAUGCAGCAACUACAAUUCCCCCAAAACGGAGUUCCUGGCCUCAGCAUUCCCGGUCUACCCGGCCUAGGCCAGUCGUUACCUGGCUUGAACCCAGGUGCUCCACCACCACCGAUGCCAUUCCCUUCCGGUUCUUCAUCUGGUCUCAACGGCUCGGCUGCACCAAUGCCACCGAUUCCGCCUCCUCAUUUCCCAGGCUUUCAACAGGGCAUAGUACCGCCCCCCAACUAUGGUCAAGCGGGUCAGCAUCAUUACGCUCAUCAACCAGGUCUCUAUCCACCACCUCCACCUCCGCCUCCUCCUUCACAUCAACAUCAACACCACCCUCCCCCUCCACUUCCAUUUCCUCCUCCCGCAGGUUUAGACCAAGAUGCAUUGAAACGACUCAUCUCUCAAGCCCAAGCCCAAGCCCAAGCCCAAGCCCAACCUCCACUUGGAUUCCCCUCUGGAUUUCCUCCUCCGCCUCCACCGCCUCCACCAGGCCUUGGAGCUGGGAUUCCGGGAUUACCUGUUCCUGGUCCUGGCGGUGAUCAAACACGCCGUCGUGCUCCCUUGCCUAGUCAGCAGGAUGGAUUCAAGGCCGAACAGGCAAGAGGUAAUUAUCGAGUUGCGAGAUAGUGAGAUGAAUUUUCUCAGAGGGUAUGGGCAAGCUGUUGGGAGGAAUUGAAAAUAGUCUAGCGAGAUAAAAAAUUCUCGGCUUACGAUCUUGGACCUUAGGUAGGUAGUUUGCAUUGCCUUUUUAGCGUGUAACAACGUGGCGAACUGCGAGGCACAAUACAAAAUGUGAGAAAGAGAGAAAGAAAGGAAUGGAAUGGAAGUGUUUGUUCGAAGGACAAAUAAGCUUGAAACCAAUGAUUACUUAGGUAGCUACCUUAGCUAGCUAUCUGCCAAUGCAAUUCUAAUUGCACAGAGAAAUU